CAAAUUUUAACCAUACAUUUCAAUAGUCACAUAAUCUUAAAAUUAUAAAUAAAUAUAAAUAAAUAAUAUGAAAAAAAAAUUGAGAAGUUAAGAUAUGUUUUAUAAAUUUCUAGUGUUUAUCAUUAUUUAGAAAAAAGAAGUGAAAAUAUAGAAUAAACAUGGAUAUUUUUGUAGAAAGUGUAGCGUUGGGAAUAGAUGCAAUAAUUCUAAUUGCAUGUAUGAGACAAUAUUACAAAAAGAAAAACGAUCUCACAAUGAUAGCGUCUGCACCUGUGAUAAAUCUAGAUACAAAUCUUAAGAAAGUAGUAAAAUCUAAUCCUGAACAGAAAUUACCAUAUGUAGUGUUACGGGGCACGGUAAAGGCUUUGGGAAAACCCAUAAUUAGUACCCAUAAUCCUAACGUUUCUGGUGUUAUUCAGUCACUAAAAAUCAAAGAACAUGUAGUCAAAAGAAGCUCAACUGGAUUUUGGGCCGAUUCUGAACGAACCAUACAAGAGAUUCAGAAUGUUAUGCCCUUUGCUUUAGAAUCAAAAGGAAUAAUUGUUGAAGUUAGGGAACCAUUGGCUGGCGAAUAUUUAGAUAUGGAUAUCAUAUCAGAUAGUUUUCAUCCUACCACUCCUACUGUUUUUGAUCACAUUUGGGGAUUUUUUGCUGGAAUAAAACAAAAAGGAGUCCAAUCAACAGAGAAGAUGUUAAAAGAAGGCACUCUCCUAACAGGUGUUGGAGAAUUGGUAUACGACGAUAAGUCACUGAAACUACAGCCUCCUGCCACAGACAAUUGUCCAUACUAUUUAACAACAAUGCCAAUUAUGACUUUAUUAAAAAAGAUAGAUAAUUCUAAACACAAGUAUUCUAUGCUGUGCUAUAUUUUUAGUGCGGUGGGUACAGUUCUAGCCGCUCUUAUUAUUAGAAAAUAUUUUAACCACAAAAAGCAGUUGAAAAUGGACGAAGAACGAAAGAAUCAAAUGGAUGAGGAAAGGAAAAACAGGAGAAGAUUGAUUAGGAAUGUAGAAAGCUUAUCUGAUAAUCAGAUUUGUGUUGUUUGCAAGUCCAACCCUAUAGAGAUGAUUAUAUUGCCCUGUGGACAUGUUUGCUUAUGCGAAGACUGUGCAGAUGACAUAACAGACUUAUGUCCAAUUUGCCGAAGGAAUAUUGAGAUGAAGUCAGUAGCUUACGUGUUAUAAUGUGAAUAAAUCUAUCAAUGUAUGUUAGAAAUUAAAAACAACUAUGAAAUAUUUAUAAUGAAGAACUAAUAAAAUUGUUUCUGUUGGAAGAAGAAUUAAAAUUUAUUUGUAUAUAUACAUAAUAUAUAUUGUAAAAAAUAUAAUACAUCUAUUAUUAAUUGAAAUGUUAACUUAUACUUGGUAUAGUAGUUUUGCAUAGACAGUGUGAUUUCUCUGGUUUGGCAUU